UACAACAACCCAGCUAGCUAACCCAAAGUGGUAUCUGAAGAUGUCUGACAAUGCAGAGUCACCAACAGAAUCGCAAAAGGAAGAAUCGCAGCCACCGCCAGAUGACUCAGCGACAAAUGAGGAAAAGAAAAAAAUUGACGUGCUGCUGAAGCCAGUGGGAGACACUCCUAUAAUGAAAACCAAGAAGUGGGCCAUGGACAGAGGAAGGACCGUACAGUCCCUGGCUCAGUUCAUCUCCCGCUUCCUCAAAAUGGAUGCAAGUGAACAGCUGUUCAUCUAUGUCAACCAGUCUUUUGCUCCAUCUCCUGAUCAAGAAGUAGGGGUGCUCUUUGAUUGUUUUGGCAGCCACGGAAAGCUGGUUCUACAUUACUGUAAAUCUCAAGCCUGGGGUUAAACUGCUUUCCAUUGUACCUCCUCCCCUUCUAACAGUCAUCCUCCGAGUGUAUACAAGAUGUUAUUUUUGCCAUUUGUUUUCUUUUUAUUUGUAUGUACAUACAUAUGUAAAUAAAUUAUUGUGACAAUGUAAAUCCCCUCUGUGGUUUUAAGCUUGCUUUUGGCACCCAAAAAUAAACACUUAGUGAGCACAGGA